UAGUUAUAAAAAUCCAUAGCAAUUUUAAUUUAUUAUUAAAAGUUCCUUUUUCAAUUUAUUCAUUACCAAAUUAAAUCAUGAUUUAAAUGUAUAUUAUUUUUAUAAAUAACUUUUGUAAAAGUCUUAUGGAAUAAUCUAUUACAUAUUUUUAUGUUUUUAAUGGGUUACAUUUUCAUCAUGCUUAAACAGAAUGUGGACGUGGCUUUGAAAUUGGUGAAAAAUACUAUAAUUUUAAACAAUAAAAAUGUUUGAAAUAUGGUUUCUAAUAUGAGUCAUACUCAUAUUGUAAUACUAUGUGCAGUUGCAAAUUUCAUUAAUGCAGCUGACCGUAUAGUAAUGCCUAUUGCUAUAAUACCUAUGACUAGUUAUUUUAAAUGGUCAAUGCAUUGGCAGGGUUUAGUAUUAUCAGCUUUUGCGUUUGGCUAUCUUGCAAGUCAGAUAAUUGGAGCAUAUGCUGCAAAAAAAUAUGGAGGAAAAGCAAUUUUACUGCUUUCUGUACUUUUAUGGUCGAUAUCUACUAUUAUAACACCAAAUAUUUCUCACAACACAUUUGCUCUUAUAUUUUGUAGAGUUAUUUCUGGAGUUGGAGAAGGUCUUGGUUUGCCAACGAUUGUUCAUAUAUUUGCUCACAACAUUGCAAUGAAAGAUCGUUCUAGUGCUUUUGGGUAUUUAGUAGCUGCGGGUUCUGUUGGUCAAACAGUAGCAUCAGUUAUAUGUCCUCAUUUAAUGUGGCAAACAAGUUUUUACCUUUUUGGUUCAGUUGGUAUAGUAUGGUCAAUCAUUUGGAUUUCAUUAUAUUCAGAAAAAGACAUCAGAAUAGAUGAGCUACCAUUAAUCAUUAAUUCAUCUUGUAAUACAAAUACCAAUAUACACUGGAAAAAAUUUUUUAUUCAUUGGCCUUUAUGGGCAAUAUAUAUUGCACAUUUCUCAAUGAAUUGGUCAAAUUAUAUCAUUAUGCAUUGGUUUCCAACAUACUUAAAAUAUCUAGGAGCCAAUUCAUUUAGUAUGAGUUUAACAGCUAUACCUUACAUAUUUAAUUCAGUUUUUAGUGCUGUUGCAGGAAAUUAUGCUGAUAAGUUAAUUGAUCAUAAAUGGUCAAUACUUGCUGUUAGAAGAAUCAUGACAACACUUGGUUUGAUGGGGCCAGCUUUAUUCUUGUUAAUAUUUUGCACUAUGAAAAGUUUAACUGCAGCUAUAAUAUUUAUAUCAAUAUCAAUGGGAUUAUGUGCAUGUAAUUCAGCUGGACAUUUGAGUAAUCAUGCUGAAAUAGCCCCUAAUCAUGCUGGGAUUACAUUUUCAAUUUCAAAUACCUUGGCUACAAUACCAGGAAUAAUUUGUGGUCCUUUGACUGCUGAACUUGUAACUGCAUCACAUGGUCGUUGGUUUCCUGUGUUCAUUUUAGCAGCUGCUAUAAACUUUACUGGUUCAAUUAUCUAUUGCAACCAAAGUUCUGUUACACCAAUUUUAUAAAAUAAAUAAUUUGGGCAUAUAGGGUAAAUAUUUUUGUUAAUUCGUUUUAGAGUUGCCAAAGAAUAUUAUAUUAUUAUUUGUAUUAUUAAACUCUAUAAUUAUUUACACAAAAUGUCUUAUAUGUUAUAUUGUAUAAACAUAUUAUUCUUUUAUAUUUUCUGAUGUAUAAAUUUUCUUAUGAUCU